AGCUUCAGUUUCUGCCACUCAACUCAAGUGCUAGCUAUCUGCAUGCUAUUCUCUCUCCACCCCGUAAACUGAAAACCGCGUCGUACCUAUUUGGGUAAUCAUUUUUACUCAUCAUCAGUGUCAUUGAGUUAUAUAUUUGAGUUAUUAUGGCUGGAAACGUCAAGGGAGCAGCUUCAGAUGUGGAGAACCAGGCAGCAGAGAAAACACACAGAAAGGAUGGAGAACGUUCGAAAUCAAUGUGCAGUAGCGACCUUACCUUGAUAAAGAAGAUUUGUAAUGUGCAUGAGGGGAGUCACCUUUUAGUAUGGAACAGAAUAUUUGUGAUAUCAUGCGUAUUUGCUGUCUCUCUGGAUCCCUUCUUCUUUUACGUUGUGAUCAUUGAUCAGGAUAACAAGUGCCUUCAAAUGGACAAAACGUUGAGUAUUGUUGUUUGUCUCAUGCGAUCACUCACGGAUGUCAUUUUCCUGGUGCAUUUUAUAUGUGAAAUUUGUGACCAUAUUCAAAGUUCGAAACGAAAUACCGUGAAAAAAGGACCCUCUUCAGAGGUCAGACAAACUGGGGGAAGUUCAGAUAAGAAAUCUAAAAUCAGAAAGUUGAUUGAGAAAAUGGCUCAAAAGAUGUCGUGGUUAUCUGUCUCCAUUGUAAUAGACUUUUUCUCCUUUAUUCCCCUACCACAACUGCUAGUAGUCAUGUUUUACACAAUGAAAGGCUCAGGAUUUGUGGAACAUAAAAAGGUUCUGAAUGUUUGUCUUCUCUGUCAAUAUUUUCCGAGGAUUUAUCUAAUUUACCUAUCGGCCAAGGAAUUCAAAAUGACUAAUGGGAUAUGGAUUAAGGGUCUAUUCAACUUGUUUCUCUAUAUUCUUGCCAGCCACAUACUCGGAGGUUUUUGGUACUUUUUUUCUAUUCAACGAGAGUUAUCAUGUUGGCACAAGGCCUGUGAAAAUUAUAUUAUAGAUCUCAGGGGAUGUGUGAACACUUUCUACUGCGAUAGUCAGAGUACUACUGCUAGAAAUAUAACAUUUCUUAACGAGCGUUGCCCGUUGGAUACUCCAGAUGGUGUUUUAUCUCCGAUUAACUUUGGAAUAUUUCUUGAUUCCCUUAAGAAUCAAAACACGGAGCAUAUAAAGUUCGGAAAGAAGUUCUUUUACUCUUUCUGGUGGGGCUUGCGAAAUCUAAGUAAUUUUGGGACUAAUCUGACAACAAGUACAUAUGUGUGGGAAAAUUUGUUUGCGAUUCUCAUUUCUGUCGUUGGCUUGCUACUGUUUUUAUAUCUCAUUGGAAACGUGCAGACUUUUAUGCAGAUGGAAGCUACCAAAAAAGAGGAGAUGAGACAAAAGAUUAAGAUGAAGAGGCUAGACGUAGACACCUGGAUGUCCAGAAAUGAACUCCCUGAAGAAAUAAAGAAAGAAAUCUUGAGUAGCAUAAAGCAAACAUUGAAACAAAAAACAUUGAAACAACACAUUGACGCUGAUCUCCAUAGUUUUCUGUUCUUCAUUCUUCCCGGGAAAACCAGAACAUCUCUGAAGCGUUGUCUUUGCAUGAAAACACUUAAGAAAGUAAAAAUGCUUCAAGGCAUGGAUGACAAAGUGUUGACUUUGAUGUGCGACUAUCUGAAGCCAGUGACGUACAUUGAGAACAGCAACAUUUUUCGAAUGGGAGAUCCAUUCGACUGCGUGCUAAUCAUUAUGGAAGGGACAGUGUGGACUUACGCGUCGAGUGAUAGUCAAGCUGGGCGAGGAAUCUCAUCAAUGGGCACCAAGCCCCUCCGGAAAGGUGACUUUUACGGGGAAGAGCUUUUCGAUUGGGCACCAGGCAGUUUCACCGAACUUCCAGUCUCUAGCAAACAUGUCAAAACUCGGGUAAAAGUAGAUGCAUUUCUGCUCACGGCCCAUGACUUGGAUAGUGUAGUUUCCAAAUACCGGCUACAGUGGAAGGAAGGCAAGAAGGGUACUCCUGAUGAGAAGGUCGUGGCAGUUUCUACUAUAGCAACAGCAUACCGUGACUACCGUCAUCAUCGUCGUCUCCAAGCAAUCACCAAAGUAAAAAAGCUUCAAGGCAUGGAUGACAAAGUGUUGACGUCAAUCUGCAACUAUCUGAAGCCAGUGACGUACAAUGAGAACAGCUUCGUUUUUCGAAUGGGAGAUCCAGUCGACUGCAUACUGUUCAUUAUCGAAGGGACAGUGUGGACCUACGCGUCGAGUGAUAGUCAAGAUGGGCAAGGAAUCUCAUCAAUGGCCACCAAGACCCUCGGGAAAGGUGACUUUUACGGGGAAGAGCUCCUCGAUUGCGCAUCAGACAGUUUCACCGAACUUCCAGUCUCCAGCAAAUAUGUCGUGUGUCAGACAAAAGUAGAAGCAUUUGUGCUCAUGGCCAACGACUUGAAAACUGUAGUUUCCAAAUACCCGCUACAGUGGGAGAAAAACGAGAAAUAGGGUUCUCAAGAGGUGAAGGAUAUGGCAGCUUCUACUACAGCAACAGCAACGUCGUGGUCUCUCAAGCCUUUUCCAUAGCGUUUUCGGAACGCUAUAAAAUGCUUUUGUAUUAUAACGUUUUAAAAACUCUUAUGAAUGUGUGCGCUAGUUGUUCUACAUCAGUCUUCACUUCGAAAGAACUCGACCCCAAGUUAUCAUCUGGAUAAAAUGACUCAUCAUCGUUGAACGCAUGAAGAUCAACAACAUUGAAAGUC